AUGGCACUCCCAAGGAUUCUCGUUCUCAUCUCCGGCAACGGAUCGAAUUUGCAGGCCCUUAUCGACCGUUCUGCUGACGGAAUCAUCCCUGGCCAGAUCGUCUCUGUGGUGUCCUCGAGCGCAAAGGCAUACGGACUCGAGAGAGCUGCUGAGGCCAAGAUUCCUUCCAGAGUCCAUGCACUGAAGGAGUAUUACACCGGAGUGCCCAAAGAAGACGUAUCAGGCAGAAAAGCUGCUCGUGCACAGUUCAACCGCGAUCUCGUAUCGCUGAUCAUAAACGAGGUCAAGCCGGACCUUAUCGUGUGUGCCGGUUGGAUGUUAAUUUUGUCCGAGGACUUUUUGGAACCACUCGAAAAUGCUUCCAUACCGAUAAUCAACCUCCACCCAUCUUUGCCUGGGGCUUUUGAGGGAAUCAACGCUAUCGAGCGCAGCUAUGAGGCUGGUCAGAACGGGACCGUAGCUAAGGGUGGGUGUAUGAUCCAUAAGGUUAUCAAGGAGGUCGACAGAGGCCAACCGCUGGUGGUGCGUGAGAUUGACGUUGUUAAGGGAGAAACACUGGAAUCGUGGGAACAGAGAAUACAUGCUUUAGAGCACCAGGCUAUUGUGGAUGGAACCGUGAAGGCGUUGAAGGAGCUGGUCAGAGUGGAUUAA